AUGGAAUGUGCUUCCAAACAAUUUAUUAGAGUAGAUAAUUAUAUAUUGAGGGGGUAUGCACAAUCAACAACAACAGUCCCAACAUUGGCUGAAUGUGUUAGUGAAUGUAUGAAGGAAAAAGAAUUUAAUUGUUUGUCGGCAAUGUAUUUUUAUGAGGAAGGGGAAUGUAUUACAAAUACGGAAUCUGCAAUAACUGCUCCCGAUGAUUUUCAGCCACCUGAAGAGGAUGACCAAAAAGUUGUUUUCUUUCAUAAUGCCUGCAGUAAAGGAAAUGAUCAUCAAUUAGAAUUAGCACAAUCACAAGAUUCUGCAAUAACAAGUACAUCUGCAUUAAUACAACAAGAUGAAAUUACAACAAAAGGUGUAGUUAGUAAAUUUAAAAAUAAUUUAAUUGAAAUUUUAGAUUUAAUAUUUACUUCUUCUACUUCUUCUACUUCCUCCCCAACUACUUCCUCCUCUUCUUCCUCCUCUUCUCCAACAUUAUUAACUACAACUUCUUUACCUUUAUCUAGUACAGAAGAAAAUAAAAAUAAUUUAUUUAUUCAAGAAAAUAAUAAAAAUGAGGAACAAAAUAAUAUUUUAAUUCCCGAAAUAAAUACUGUAAGAACAACAAAAAUAUCAGAAGAAUCAGAAAAACAAAAAGAAGAAUUAAAUAAUCAGAAGAAUUCUUUUUCAGAAAAUAAAAAUAAAUUAACCAAUUCUUCUUCUGUUUUUGUUUUACCAGAAGAAGAGAACAAUAAUCAACAAAAACAACAACAAAUAUUAAUACCCAAAGUUUAUUUACCUCAAAAAGAAGAAAAUAAUAAUUUAGAACAAAAUGAUAAUAAUUUAAUUAUUCAACAACAACAACCUUUACAAAGACAAUAUGGAGCUAAAAAUAUUGAACGUGCCUCAGACGGUUCUUUUCAAGAAAAAAUUCUCAUAAAUUCUUCUGAUGAUUUGCUACCACUAUCUAAAUCAAAUAAUUUAAUUAAACCAACAAAUUUAAACAGAAAAGGGCCAGAAUCAACAAAAAGAUUACAUUUAAAAUUAAUUAAAGAUCAACAACCAAAACCAGAUUUAAAUAAAAUUAUUUUUUCUCCUUCUUCAACAACAAUACCAACAAUUUCCAAUACUUUACCUCCAAAAAUUCACAAAUUAAUUCCAAAAAAUAAUAUUCAACAAUCAUUACCUUUAAUUUAUUCUUCUUCUCCCCCUUCUACUCCCCCUCCUCCACCUCCCCCUCCUUCUACAACAACACCUCCAUUAAUUCCUUCAACAAUAAAAGAACAAAAACAGCCGGAAUUUAUUCCUUUAGAAUUAUCAGAACCUUUAGCAGAACAUUCUGCUGAAGAACGUUUUGAAGGUUCUGAAGGGUAUUUUAGUCUUUGGGGGCCGUGGACGCCUUGCAAUAUUCCUGGAGAAAGAAGAAUUAGAAGACGGAAAUGUUUAGAUUUAAGAAAAUGUAGAGGGUCUUUAACUCAAGUUGAUUAUUGUCCAACAAAUAUUGAUGAAGAACAAAAAAUUAAUGAAAAACAAAUUAAUGGUAGAGAGAAAUGA